UAUUGAGGUCAGUAAAAAACUUCCAGAGUUUCACUGUAAUCUGCCGCAAACCGCUUGUGGCUAGCUCAAUUUGUUUGCGAGCCACAAUUUUUCAAAACCCCGAAGGGACUUUAUGGACACACUGUACAUAAUUAUUGGUUGAAGCAAGUCAGUUAUUUAAAUAUUUUAUUUGCAGAGAACAAUUUGCAAGAGCAUAAGACCACUCUUUACUGAACAAAAAAGUGAACUCUGAAAAUUCUGCCAAAUGAUGUGCCAAGAAUGUAAAAUGUGCUGUGAAGGUCAUUUUGGUAUCCUGACCAAAACCACUGUCACCUUCAUUUUUGAACCAUUUAAACAUAUGAUGAUUUUAGAAAGGUAAACAAGGGAACUAUCAGAAGUGGUAUUUUUAAAGAAAAAAUACUACAUCAGAUAGCCUAUGCUAGCUGCUUACAACUAUGAAUGUCAGUGAAAUGCGCAGUAUUAUGAAACAGAGAUAUUGAUGGAGACAGAUUUUUCACUCCAUUACAGACUGACAUGAGUAUGGGAAUUUCUGUGGUCCAGUAUUAAUCAAAGGCUGUGCUUAAUAUGUUCAUAGUCCAUUUUCAGUUAAAAUGUUGGAGCCUCAUUAGCAAAACAAACAUAGAAAAUGAAACAAAUGGAAUUGAAAAGUUUUAAUGUCUUUAUUUUUCAUCAAAGAGGAAAUUACAAACCCUUGUGCAUAGGCUAAAGAUUCUGCUCUUUAUUUUAAAUAAGUUUCUCUUGGGUCUUCAUUAUAUUAGUGCUCAGACUGUCCUGUAUCAUUGGUUUAAUUUGUCAUUGCUGUAAUAGUUGUUCCAUAUUUGUCAUCAGUUGUAAAGGUGGAAUGUGUGAAAAGUUACUUCUGUUAUAAAACAUUGUGAGUUUUCUACUUCCCUUCUGUUCAAGGUAGUUCAUGUUUCCAUUAUGAAACAUUAUUAAUACUGGGCUUUGAAUUCAUCAAUAGCACAUUGGUUUAGUAUUAAGAUUGAAUUAAGUACAUUGUCUGUUACUACUGCAUUUGUUCAAAGAAAUUUCAUGUAAAUAUCAGAAGAGGCAAAACACAGCAGGACAGAACAUUUGUUGUUCACACAUUCUUGAUACAGAUCUUGUUUAUUAGUUGAGAUGAACUGGAAUGUACAGUUUAAAUAUUAAUUUGUAUAAUUAUCACACAUAAAAUUGUGGUCACAUUAUUCUUAGAAGAGAUAUGAGAGGUUAGGUUAAACAUUAAUUUGAAUCAUUCUCAUGUACAAGCUUUUGGUCACAAUAUUUUAAGAAGUGUAUGAGGACUGUACCAGUUAAUAAGCUGCACUUCAUUAUGAAGUUGAUUCAUUGAACACUUUUGGUUAAUUCCAGUUAAUUCUAGUUUAUUUCUUUUUUAUGAAAUAAGCACAUAAAUUUUAUUAAUUUGUGUUGCCUUCCCUGUGUUCAUGUCUAACAAGCAUGUGAUGUGGUGCAAUGUUGUUUUGUAAUGUUUACCUGUAUUAGGGCAGGCUGUGCUGAUGAACAAAUGCUGAGUCAUUGUUAUUUGACAUGCAAAAGUUGAUUGUUCUCUUUGAGUAGGUACUUAGAAAUACAAAAAUUCUCGCCUUUUCAAGAAUUCACCAUGAAGGAUGAAUUGGAAGAAAAUUUUGUGCUAUUCUUGAUACAGCCUAUCCAAUAAAAGUCAUUUGUAUAAGUUUAGCUAUUUCUUCCUAUCUUGUAUGGUUUUGUUUGUAUCCAACAUUUUUUCUCAAACCAAAUAAUUUCAAUACUUGAAAUCUGUAUGUGCAAUUAAUUAAUUUCCCAAGUGAAUUAUCUUAAUAACAUAUUCAUAUUUAUAUGGUUAUUACAAAUGAAGGAAAUAAAAUAAUUGGUGUAAAAAUACAGUUUUUGGCCAUGAAUGACUUUCCACAUUGUAUUGUAUAAUCUACCAUUUGCUAAUAAUGGGGAGCAAAUUAAAUUAUUUUCUUACCUUUUGAUUUAUCACCUCUUCUUCACCACUGGGAGUAUCCUACACAGAAACUGCUCAGUUCAGUAUUAGGUUUCCUCUUGAAAUUGCUCUUCAGUUUGAGCCUUUGCUACCAUAGCCUCUCUUCAUGUGUUGUUUUCUGAUGCUGUCUGCUCCCAGUUAACAGCUCCCACUAACCACUGUAUUUUUGUUGUCUUAUCAUAUCCAUGUCCCUCAGGCAUAUUAAGAAUUUUUAAGCUUUCUUUCUUAUAUUAUUAUCAUCUCAUCUCAAUGAAGAAACUUCAAUUAUACUGUAAAUAUUUGAGUCUUUAAAUGUUGAAUAUAACUUCAUUAUUUCAAGACCAGUAGCCAUUUUCAUUUCUCCUAGAUUUUAGAAUCACUACUGAUGACUGGCUGUGAAAAGAUAGAAUUCCGUGGGAUACAGUAACAUUCUGUUAACUGUAGGUUGUGGAUGUAACACCACCCACUUACAGAACCUUGUGGUCUUUGGUAAUGUGCCGAUAAUAGAUGUUGGCCACCAUGGAAAUGUAUUUAAUUGGAGGCUAGGGGUACCAUAAUUUCAUGUAUUGUAUAUUCAGGACCUCAUAGACUUCAAUCAAUGCAAAUCAUAACAAGUACCAUAAUUUUCUGUAAAUCAGUCUGAGGCAGUUGGUUGAAGUCCAUGAUUACAACAGCAAGCCAUUGCACUUUCAAUUAAUGUUAUGGAGAGAGAAAAACAGCAAUGUUAAGUUCAAGCACAAAUGUUUUGCAGGAGAAUUAUUUGUUAUUUAGAGUUUCUAAACCUGCUCAUGUUUCAAUUGAGUAUGCCAGCUACAACUACUUAUAGUGAAGAAAAUCUUUGAAUCUGUUUUAAAUAGAGCUCAUUCACAUGAGCAACUUGUAACAGGUUUAUGAUGUUUUUAUUGUAAUAUUUGUGAGAUAAUGGUAGUUUGUAACCUAUUGAUAACAUUGGUCCAGUUCAAGGAUUCUUAUGGCAAGUAAUGUGAUAUGCAAAGAUAUAGCAGACCUAUACAAUACCUGUAUAUUAAGUAUCCUGUCAUAAAAGGUGGGCCUUUUGUCUUUAAAUGCAACUUUAUUGAUCCAAACCUAAAAUUUAUUUAUUUUACAGGUUGGCAAAUAUUUAAGAAUCUAUGCAUAAUGUUUAUGUUAGUAUCAUUAAUCUAAUGCAAGAUGUGUUCUCUAAAAUAUUUGAUUAAAUUGUAAAUUAUUUACUUCAAUCUUCUUAAUGGACAGUGACAAAUUUCUUGUGUUUACAACAUUUUCAAUAGGUAAGGUUCAUAAUUAAAUACAAAUGGCCUAAAUAAAGAUAAAUCUCACUGCUCCAUUUGUAUGAAAGAUUUCAAACUGUUCAGUUUUUUGACAGAGUUACAGGAGAUGUUUGGUAAAGCAGAGCCUUUCAGCUUCACAGUCCCAAGAGCCAUAAGUUACUACUAACUCACAGGAUAAAGAAUAUCAGAAUAAAAAGAAUACUCCAAAGUGAUAAAUCUAUUAAUAAAAAAUGUACAUGUGAUCAUUCAUUAUGCAAUACUGGUGUGCAUGUAUUUAUAUAAUAAAUGUAAUAUGCACAUAAUAAUACUGUAAGGAUAUGAAAUUCUUGGAGUUGAAACUGGUUUAUAUGCUGUAUUGUGUUUGUAUGAAUCAUACAUGGACAAUGCAUAGAUCAUUUAUAAAUUAAAUGUGAUAGUUAUGAGAUCAUGAGUUGGCACUUUGUGAAUAUUACAUGUGUUAGAGAAAGCAUGUGUAAUUGAACAUGGGUAUUUUUUACACAACUCUGUACUUUUCAGUUAUGUGUGUUGUUUUGUUUUCAUGUAUCUUUGCACAUUUUUGCAUUAAUAAGACUGCUUAGUGUUGUAUGAUGGUGAUAAAUGUAAUAUAGUGCAAUAUUUGGUAGGUAAUAGUUUGUUAUUAUUGAAGUAUAUAGAGUAAUACUUAUUUUUGUUUUAUUCUGCAUUGAAACUAUGUAUGGUGGUUGAAUAUAAAAUUGUGUAGUGCUGGUUGUAUCAUGUUAAUAUUAAAUUCAGGCAGAAAUUAGCAGUCAAGAUCAAUGCAGAUUUCUGUGUUAUGAUUCCACCUUUGUUAGUUUUGCCGUUAACAAGUAAAGCAACAAAUCAUGCAAUUGUGAAUUAUGAGCCAUCAGAGUAGGAUGCUCUUUAGCCAAUUAAAUGAUGGUGGGUGAAACAACAAGCAUUGCAAGGAUGUGCAAGUUGCACAUUUAUCCACUUUCCAUCUAACUGAGAGUGGGCAGAGACAAGAUGUUUGAAGAUGGCUGUCUUCUGGGUUGUGCUGUGUAGUCUGGAAGAAGUUUACCAACGUUUCAGAGGUCCUUCCUACCUUCAUCAUCAGAGAGAUUGAAGGACAUUAAUUUUGGAGAUUUUGCUGUGCAAAACUACACGUUUUUUUUGCAGUGGUUUGUUCAAAUAACAGUUUAUGCCAGUGAUAUGUGAUCUUUUACAAUGCCUGUGUCAUCAAACUCCUCAAACAGGAAAGAGCCUUUGAUUGGAGCAAUCAUUGAGGGAACAGAGGAAGCUCGAUUUGUGGUAUAUAAAGCAGAGGACACCAGAGAAAUUGUCUCAUGCAGUGUACAGAUUACUCAGAUAUGUCCACAAGAAGGAUGGCUGGAACAUGACCCUGUGGAAAUACUACAAGCUGUUAGGGAGUGUGUCACGUGUGGUGUUGAAAAUCUGGAAAAACUCAGCUAUGGUGUUGAAGAUAUUGUUGCAGUUGGAAUAUCUAAUCAGCGUGAAACUACCAUUGCAUGGGAUGUAAUCACUGGAGAGCCACUGUACAAUGCUGUUGUUUGGUCUGAUAUCCGAACUGACUCAACUGUUGACCAGAUUUUGGCAAAAGUACCAGAAAACAGUAAGAAUGCCUUAAUGCCUCUGUGUGGACUCCCAAUCAGUCCUUACUUCAGUGCUCUUAAAAUGCGAUGGCUUAUAGAUAAUGUUCCUGCCGUGCGAAGAGCGAUCAGAGAGCAGCGCUGUCGGUUUGGCACAGUGGACACAUGGCUUGUUUGGAACCUGACUGGUGGAAGGAAGGGAGGAUUGUUCAUAACUGAUGUCACAAAUGCUUCCAGAACUAUGCUGAUGAACAUAGAAACUCUCCAGUGGGAUCCAGUAUUGUGCAGAUAUUUCAACAUUGCAUCAAACUUAUUGCCAGAAAUUCGUAGUUCAUCUGAAAUAUAUGGUCACAUAAAAGAAGAUCCUCUGAAGGGAAUUCCCAUUUCAUCAAUUCUGGGCAAUCAACAAUCUUCACUCAUUGGUGAACGGUGUUUUAAAGAAGGUCAAGCUAAAAGCACAUACCGUAAAGGAUGUUUCCUUGUGUACAACACUGGAUUGUCUCGCGUUCAUUCCACACACGGCUUGGAGACUACGGUGGCAUACAAAAUGGGCAAGAAUAUACCAGCGGUGUAUGCUCUAGAAGGCUCUGUAGCUGUAGCUGGCAGUGCAUUGAAAUGGCUCAAGAACAACUUGAAUAUUUUGAAGGAAGUCAGUGAUUCAGAAAGUGCAGCAGCAGAUGUGCCAUCUACAGGAGAUGUGUAUUUUGUUCCAGCAUUUUCUGGCCUCUAUGCCCCAUACUGGCGUAAGGAUGCGCGAGGCAUUAUCUGUGGUCUGACUCAGUUUACAACCAGGAAUCACAUUAUUCGUGCUGCGCUGGAGGCAGUAUGCUUUCAAACGAGAGACAUUCUAGAAGCAAUGGCCAAGGACUGUGGUCAUCACCUGACCAAACUGCAAGUGGAUGGCAAGAUGACAGAAAAUAAGUUGUUGAUGCAACUGCAGGCAGACCUCUGUGGAAUUCCUGUUGAACAAACAUCUGCAUACGUCAGAAUGGAAGCUCUGGGAGUAGCAAUGGCUGCAGGCCAAGCUGAAGGGAUUGGUGUUUGGGAUUUGUAUAAGGAACCUGAGGUACCAGUUGUCCAUGACACCUUUAUUCCCACCACCACUCACGAAGAGAGAGAUGCCCGUUAUAGCAAGUGGAAAAUGGCUGUGAAAAGAAGUCUUGGUUGGGCUACUACCAAAAAGUCUCUUGCAAUGACAGAUGAACGAUAUCGUCUUCUGUCAUCUAUACCACCCAGCUGGUUUCUCAUCUCAAGCUUUGGUAUCCUUGUGAUUUCCAGUGAAUUGAAAAGGUGACACCAGUGAAGAAUGUAGAACUACACAACAGUGCUACUUAUGUGAUUAAAUUCUUGCUAAUUUAAAGAUGCAGAAGUAGCUUUGGUAUGAAAGAGCUCAAUAAGAAAUUUAAUUGUUCAUUCUACAUUGCUCUUACAAUAAGGCCUUUUAAAUCUUACAAUGUGAUGACCCAUAUAAGCAUCUGUGUUUUUUAUUAAUAGAACUGUCACUGUUUUAUCUUGAUUGGGGUGGUUUGUAGUAAUUGGUUGCGUGGUUAAAUGUAAAAGGUGAUAUUGAACACAUUUUACUUUGUACCAUGUAACUGAAUGUUUGCUUUUAUGAAUAAUGUAAUUUUAUUAUAGUUUAUAUUUGUAAUGUUUGCUUUAUCAUCAUAGUUUGCAUGUUUUCUCAUGUGUCUUAUUCUUUGUUCAUUUUCUGAAACAUUGAGGCAUUUCAGUUUGUUUUGUUGUAUGUGAUAGAAUAAAAUGUGGGCUGUGAGUCAAAUGUAUUUAGUCAUUAGUUUUACCUGAUUUGUAUGGUAUCAAGGGAAUCGUAAAACCAACUGAUGAUUUAUUGAUAUGUUAAUGUACUUUUUGUAGCUGUACCACAGCCAAGCUGAAUGUGAUUUAAUAAAUAAUAAUUUAUUGUGAUAUUAAAUAUUUACACAUAAACAGUUAAAAUUAAACAUGAUAUAACAGUCCUUUUAGUCCAUAUAAACUGGAGGGUGAACUGGUGUCUGUAAGUAUAUGGCAAUAAACUAGGCUGAAGUCAUCAUAAUACGGUGAAUUUAAAUCUUACAGCAAAGCAUUUAAGCAACUGGUCCUCUAAUAAUUAGCACCAUUGCUGAAGUUUAAUCACUUAUAUAUUUUGUGUUCAUUAAUGUUUAAUCUGAAAAUUGAACUGUGUAUCAUCAGGUUUCAUAAAUCUAUACUAAUGAGUAAUUUAGUAUCAGACACUGAUAAAGUCUAUUUAGAUUAAUCAUUAUUGUGUUUCAGCCACUAGUCACAAUAUGAAAGUACUGACACAUCAACUUUUAUUUAAAGUAUUUAGUUGAGAUAUGACUUUAAGCGUGUGCAUUGCAGAAAUGAUUAUUUGUCAGUAUUAUGCUUUGUCAGUUGCAUAGGUUAUAUGGUGUCGAACUUGGAUGACUGUGGCUGAUGGUUUUAGGAAGGAUCUGAAGAAAGUGCCUAUUUUAAGAUCCUGCCUUGAAAUAAGCCACAACUGCUUUAAUUACAGUUCGUUACUUCCCAUUUUAUUUUGUAUAACCUAUGUUAUUGAACAAGAAAAAUAAAUAAACUUAUCAAA